AUGGGCACCAACGGCUCUGGGAAGUUGUGGUGGCUGCUGCUGCCCCUGCUGCUGCUGCUGCUGCUGCUGAGUCCUGCGAGGUCUGGAGCCCAAGAACAGCUGGACAGAGACAGGGAGGCCUUGGGGCUCAUCCCACCGACGGAGAUACAGCAUGGGCCCACAAGCAUCCUAUACCGGAGCUCUGAGGGAUCUUGUGCAGCUGAGAGUUCUUGGAAGGUGCCCAAUACCUACUUGGUAGUGUUCAAGGAAUCCCAGAGGCAGCAGAUAGGGAGUAUUGUUCACCGCUUGCAAGCCCAGGCUGCCAGCCAGGGCUUCUUGUUCGAAGUGCUACAUGUCUUCAGAGACCUCUUUGCUGGUAUCCUGAUGCAGUUUGUCAAUGUGGAUGAGCUGGACCUGGUCCUGAGGCUGAGGCAGGUGAAGUUCAUCGAAGAGGAUUCCUUUGCUUUUACACAGAGCCUCCUGUGGAGCCCUCAGCUGAUUUGUCCUCAGUCAAACCAGUCUUUGAGUGCCAUGUGGAACAUGUGGGAGAUUUCUCCUGAGUGGAACCCAUUGCGUAGUUCUAACCACAGCAGUAAGACCACAGCUGCCCUGGCUGACAUCUCUUCCCUGUCCUGGGUCCUGGCCUGCCUGCUCGUCUCUCUGUCCUCUCCUCUCCACAAGGAAAAGCCUGUUGAGGUGUAUCUCAUGGACACUGGGAUCCGGCCUAGUCAUCAGGAAAUCAAGGACAGGGUCACCAUCUCUAAUUUCAAGACAGUGCCUGAGGAGGAGUGGCUGAACACCAGGACACCCAGGACACAGACCAAUUGUGAAAUCCAUGGCACCCACCUGGCAGCAGUGGUCAGUGGGCAGAAUGUUGGUGUGCCCAAGAACAUCAACAUACACAGCGUGCGUGUGCUCAACUGCCAAGGGAAGGGCACAGUCAGCGGGAUCCUCAUGGGCUUGGAGUUUAUUUGGAGAAAGCUGGUCUCCAAGCCCUCCAAGCGGAUGGUAGUGCUGCUGCCCCUGGUGAGUGGCUACAGUAGGAGCAUCAACAGUGCCUGCAAGCGCCUGGCAAGGGCUGGGGCAGUGCUGGUGGCCGCUGCGGGCAAUUCUUGGAGUAAUUCCUGUGCCUACUCCCCGGCGUCAUCUCCUGAGGUCAUCACUGUAGGAGCUGUCGAUUCCCAGGACCAGCCUUUCAUCCAGGGACCUCUCGGGACCAACUAUGGCUCCUGUGUGGACAUCUUUGCUCCUGGGGAACACAUUGUCAGUGCCUCCAGAGACUGUACCAUUUCUUAUAUAAUGAAAAGCGGAACUGCACAGGCAGCUGCUCACGUGGCUGGCAUCGCAGCCCUGAUGCUCACUGUCCAGCCAAAUCUCACUGUGGCUGAGGUGAGACAGAGGCUGAUCCACUACUCUAUCAGCAACGCUAUCAAUGACACCUGGUUCCCUGAGGAAGAGCGAGUCAUGACCCCCAACCUGGUGGCCGCUCUGCCCAACACCACCCAGGAAACAGGUGGACAGUUGUUCUGCAGAACGGUGUGGUCAGCAUCCUGGAGCAUCACACUGGCUGACCCUGCUGAGGCUCAAUGUGACCCAGAGGAGGAGCUGUUGGGCUGCUCCAGUUUCUCCCAGAGUGGGAAUCGGGAGGGCGAGCGUGUGGAGACAAAAAAGAACAGACGUGUUUGCCUGGCAUUUGGAGGUAGAAGUGUUUCUGCCGUGGCCCGAUGCUGCCUGCUCCCCAGAGCCAACUGUAGCGUCCACACAGCCCCUCCAGCCUUGGUGGGGAUGAAGACCUAUAGCCACUGCCCGCAUCCUGACCAAGUCCUUACAGGCUGCAGCUCCCAUUGGGGAACAGAGAACCUUGGUGUCUAUGAGCAUACUUCAAGGAAGCGAGGUCCUAAUCAGCCUAGAUGGUGCGUGGGGCACAAGGAGGCCAGUGUCCAUGCUUCUUGCUGCCAUGCUCCAGGCCUGCAGUGCAAAACAAAAUACAGGGCAUUGCGUCCCUUGGAAAAGGUCACCGCGACCUGUGAUGUGGGCUGGACCCUGACCAGCUGCAGUGCCCAUCCCGAGACCUCCGCCACCUUGGGAGCCUUCCCUGUGGCCAACACGUGUGUCGUGAGGCACACUGACAAAACAUCACCAACCAGUAAUGAGUUUGUAAUAGUCAUUGCCAUCUGCUGCCAGAUCCAGCCCUCAGGCCAGCCAUAG